AUGUAUGUCAAAGAAAUUAAUGAAAAGGUAACCAAGAGACUCUAUUAUCCUAAUAGGUAUGGUAAUGGUGGUAGCACUGGCUGGGGUUCGUAUAGAUGGUUAUUAUGGUUGUUAGUUCUUAUUCCACUACUCAUCGUGGUAGUCUUGUUUUGCGUGAGAAAGAGGAAGAAUAAGGGUAGAGUUCAUGUUAUGGAUAAUAACCAGUAUUAUCAAACCCAACAAGCAGGAGGUUACUAUAAUCAAGGACAAGGAUAUCCAAACCAGUAUGAUAACCAAUACCCACCAGCAAACCCAGAUGCUGGUGGAUAUGGUGGAUAUAACCAACAGCCAGGAUAUAGUGGCCAGCAAGGAUAUACGGAACAACCGGGAUACAAUGGAACCAAGAUUGAUGAUGUUAAUCCGGAUGAGUUCCAGAGGCCUGACGGACCACCUCCAGCGCAUUAUAAGUCGUAG